CGGGCUCCGUCUCAGGGGCUGAAGUUUGUGAGUAUUGAAUCCCACUUGAGCUAUUGUUUUCCUUCUCCUGAACAAUGGCACUGUCUAAGAGGGAGCUGGAUGAGCUGAAACCAUGGAUAGAGAAGACAGUGAAGAGAGUAUUGGGUUUCUCAGAGCCCACAGUGGUAACGGCGGCACUGAACUGUGUGGGGAAGGGCAUGGACAAGAAGAAGGCAGCUGACCAUCUGAAACCUUUUCUUGACGAUUCUACUCUCCGAUUUGUGGACAAACUAUUUGAGGCUGUGGAGGAGGGCCGAAGCUCUAGGCAUUCCAAGUCUAGCAGUGAUAGGAGCAGAAAACGAGAACUAAAGGAGGUGUUUGGUGAUGACUCUGAGAUUGCCAAAGAAUCUUCGGGAGUAAAGAAGCGACGAAUACCCCGUUUUGAGGAGGUAGAAGAAGAGCCAGAGGUGAUCCCUGGUCCUCCAUCAGAGAGCCCGGGCAUGCUAACUAAGCUCCAGAUCAAACAGAUGAUGGAAGCAGCAACACGACAAAUUGAGGAGAGAAAAAAACAACUGAGCUUCAUUAGCCCCCCUACACCUCAGCCAAAGACUCCUUCCUCCUCCCAGCCAGAGCGACUUCCAAUUGGCAACACUAUUCAGCCCUCCCAGGCUGCCACUUUUAUGAAUGAUGCUAUUGAGAAAGCAAGGAAAGCAGCUGAACUACAAGCUCGAAUCCAAGCCCAGCUGGCACUGAAGCCAGGACUCAUUGGCAAUGCCAACAUGGUGGGCCUGGCUAAUCUCCAUGCUAUGGGUAUUGCUCCCCCGAAAGUGGAGUUAAAAGAUCAAACUAAACCUACACCACUGAUCCUAGAUGAACAGGGUCGCACUGUAGAUGCAACAGGCAAGGAGAUUGAGCUGACGCAUCGCAUGCCUACUCUUAAGGCCAAUAUUCGUGCUGUGAAAAGGGAACAAUUCAAGCAACAACUAAAAGAAAAGCCAUCAGAAGAUAUGGAGUCCAAUACGUUUUUUGACCCCCGAGUUUCCAUUGCCCCUUCCCAACGCCAGAGACGAACUUUUAAAUUCCAUGACAAAGGCAAAUUUGAGAAGAUUGCUCAGCGAUUACGGACCAAGCUUUUUGGGUUAAUUACAGAGGAAAAUCCCAAGAGAGAAGAUUAUUUUGGAAUCACGAAUCUUGUUGAACAUCCAGCCCAGCUUAAUCCUCCAGGUAAUGUGUCGACACCAGUUACUCUGGGGGUGUAUCUUACCAAGAAGGAACAGAAGAAACUUCGGAGGCAGACAAGGAGAGAAGCACAGAAAGAACUACAAGAGAAAGUCAGGCUGGGCCUGAUGCCUCCUCCAGAACCCAAAGUGAGAAUUUCUAAUCUGAUGCGAGUAUUAGGCACAGAAGCUGUUCAAGACCCCACGAAGGUAGAAGCCCAUGUCAAAGCUCAAAUGGCAAAAAGACAGAAAGCGCAUGAAGAGGCCAACGCUGCCCGAAAACUUACAGCAGAACAGAGAAAGGUCAAGAAAAUUAAAAAGCUUAAAGAAGACAUUUCACAGGGGGUACACAUAUCUGUAUAUAGAGUUCGAAAUUUGAGCAACCCAGCCAAGAAGUUCAAGAUUGAGGCCAAUGCUGGGCAACUGUACCUGACAGGGGUGGUGGUACUGCACAAGGAUGUCAACGUGGUAGUAGUGGAAGGGGGCCCCAAAGCCCAGAAGAAAUUUAAGCGUCUUAUGCUGCAUCGGAUAAAGUGGGAUGAACAGACAUCUAACACAAAGGGAGAUGAUGAUGAGGAAUCUGAUGAGGAAGCUGUGAAGAAAACCAACAAAUGUGUACUAGUCUGGGAGGGUACAGCCAAAGACCGGAGCUUUGGAGAGAUGAAGUUCAAACAGUGCCCUACAGAGAACAUGGCUCGUGAGCAUUUCAAAAAGCAUGGGGCUGAACACUACUGGGACCUUGCACUGAGUGAAUCUGUGUUAGAGUCCACUGACUGAGACUACUGCAAGCCCUUCCUCUCCCUCCUUGCCUUUGUCUCUUCAGUCUUCCCCCUUAUUCUACUUCCGAGCCCACCCUGAUUGUGUGUGUGACCUCAGAACUGUGCCAAGCAGACACUGGGACAAAGGGAGAAUACCCUACUCCUUCCCCAGUCAGCCUGGUAUUUCCCUUUAUCCCCCUUAUGUGCAUAUGAUUAAAGAGUUAUUUUUAAA